GUUUUGCUCUUGUUAAUAAGAAGAGUGCGAUUUGGAAAGCGAUUCGAAGAUGUUUUUUGACGGUAGAGAGUAUCGACCCCUGCCCCAUCCUCCUGGGGAGGGAUUGGAUGUGGACGCGCGAAGAUUCGUCAGUCCACAAAAUUUGGAUUAUGUUAAGUUUCGAGGCAGAAAGUUGAAGAAAGGCCCCUCGAAGCAGUACGAACCCUCGACCGGUGCUUUCGAAGGUUUGGACGUUUUUGAAAAUAACAUCAAGCCCGCUUAUAGAAAAGCUGUGAUGAAGGUUCGACCGAUCUAUCAGACGGCCUGCCAACGUUUUAACAGUGAGAGAUUGGUCGAAAAUGUGGAGGAUGAAGAAGUGAACAGUAGACAGAGCGUGAUUCCUCCACGAAGCACCAAAGAGCACGAAGAUUGCGUGCAAGAUAAUCCUGGCCAUUCCAGUGAUAGAAAUACAUUAAAGAAAGUCGGGUCGUUCUUUAAGAGCGUGUGGAAACCCGUUAAGAGAUCCGUGCAGAAGGUGUGUAAAAUGGCAAAAAGUGGAGAAUGCGAGUACGUUCGGUUCGAGUAAGGAUCUCUUUGCUUCCAUCUGGGUUUAUCCAUCGACAAUAAGAUCCCGCUCUGUGAUUUUCCAUAAAUUAUUUGCUGGAUUUGGGCCGAAUUGGCUUCGGGAUAUCUCCGAUGACUUGAAUCCUACUCCUGAUUUUGACAUCCCGAUUGCGUCAAUAUCAAUUUCGAUUAUGACUUUCCAAUUUUGACUUUGUCCCGGCUGUGUCUCAUUAUUACCUGUUAGUGAAUUACCAUUGUCCGAAAUUGGACUACUCGAAUUUUCAUUCUCGAAUUAUGUCUUCCCCACGAAUUUGGAUUGUCCCGAAUUAUGUCUAACCUCGAAUUUGACUCCUGAAAUGUGUCUACACUCGAAUUUGAACUCUUCGAGCUUGUGUCUGUGCUGAAAUUUGACUCCGAAUUUGUGUCAUCCCUGGAACUUGGAAUCUCCGGAAUUGUCUUUUUACUGGAAUUUGAAUUUUCUCAAAUUUUGCCCAUUGCUUGUGACGUCAUCUAAAUUCAAUGAAA